AUGGGUUCGCCAUUAUCACCAGUAAUUUCCAAUGUGGUGAUGGAAAAGUUGGAACAGGAAUGCAGGUUGCAGCUGGAGGAGAAAGGUAUACAUCUGAAGCUGUACCGUAGAUACGUGGACGACUGCAUGUGUAUAGCUAGAAGGGAGCACAUCCAAACGAUCGUGGAUACGUUCAAUAGUUUUCACGAUCGUCUCCAGUUUACUGUUGAAAUGGAAGUGGGAGGGAAAAUAAAGUUUCUUGACAUGAUGUUGGAACGGGCGGAUGACCAAAUAAAUACAUCUUGGCUUCCGAAACAUUCUAACGGAAGGUACCUGGACUAUACGUCCAAAAGCCCGUUCCAACAUAAACAAAAUACCGCGAUCGCGCUAAUUGAUCGCGCCAUUAAGUUAACAUGUGGGGCGAAGCGGGAAGAAACGUUAAAACAAGCAACACAAAUCCUAGAAAGAAACAACUAUCCCUCCUGGUUCAUACAGAAACUAAAAAGACUCCGCAUACACAAACACUACAACACCUUGGAGGCCGACAACCGAACUACACUCCCACAGAAAUAUGUUUCCGCACCUUAUGUGCCUGGUCUUAGCGAAAAGUUGAGAAAAGUCUUAAGAAAAAAUGACGUCACUCUUGCUUCUAGACCGCAAAACAAAAUAAAAAACCAAAUAUUCAGCAAACUGAAAGACCCUAUACCACCAGGGAAACAGAAGAACGUGGUGUACUGCAUACCAUGUGGGGCUGACGAGAAGGUGUACAUCGGCCAAACGAAAAGGAUGCUAGAAGUAAGAGUGGCGGAACACAAGAAUGACUGCCGAGGUAGAAACCCGAAAUCGGGCCUGGCAGUCCACAAAAUGGAAGAAGGGCAUAUCUUCAACUUCGAUCAAGUGAAGAUUUUGGAUCGAAUCCAAGACCAGGCAACCAGGAACAUAGCAGAGGUGUUUCAUAUUAAGAAGAGAGGAGAAGAUCUCACUGUGAACCUACAGAGAGAGUGUGGGAACUUCAACUCGGCUUACAACGGACUUUUAGCUCAGUUACGAAGACAACCGUGAGAGGAAAACUGCGUGUAUGAGAGAAUGAGUGAAACAGCAUAAUGGGUGAAAGUUGGGUGAAAGUAGGCAUGAGAUGGGUGUUGCAAAUUAGUAUUAUAUAACUGACGAAGUUGAAGGGGUGAUUCCAGCUGAAUGCGUCUGAUGAUGACCGAAGAAUAGUAGGUCGAAACGCGUCACGCAAAAUAAGCUGUUUCCGUUAUUUUUCACCGAUAAUUGCCAAUAAAACCGCAUAAUAAUCGUUCACGGUGAUCAACCCCGGUC